AUGGAUGAAAACAGGACUUCCUUGGCCAAAGGUGCCAGGGACAUUGCCAACGAGGCCAAGAGACAAGCAGCCAGAAACAUGUCCAAGGCUGUGGACCGAGCCUCGGACGAAUACUCGACUCAGCGCAGCUACAACCGCUUCAACAACGAAAACGAGGAAGAGUACAGCUACCAGCAGCAGGAUAAACAUUACAGAGAGAGCGAGAACAACGACGAAGGAGGGUCCAGCGAUGCCACAGAGGGCCACGACGACGAGGACGAGGUCUACGAAGGGGAGUACCAGGGCAAACCCUCGGACGGACACACGGCACCGGGAGCAGAGCCGGCUUCCCACAAAGGUCAAAAGGAUCUGGAGAACGAGAGGCAGGCCGACGAAGAGGAGCUGGCCCAGCAGUAUGAGCUCAUCCUGCAGGAGUGUGGCCACGGACGCUUCCAGUGGCAGCUCUACUUCGUCCUGGGCCUGGCGCUGAUGUCUGAUGGGGUAGAAGUGUUCGUAGUGGGUUUCGUGCUGCCCAGCGCCGAGACCGACAUGUGUGUGCCCAACUCUGGGGCUGGAUGGUUAGGGAGCAUAGUGUACUUGGGGAUGAUGGUGGGGGCGUUCUUCUGGGGGCGGCCUGUCGGACAGAGCGGGCCGCAGACAGAUCCUGCUCAUCUUCUCUGUCGGGUCAACGGCUUCUUUGCCUUCUUGUCUUCCUUUGUCCAGGGGUACAGCAUGUUCCUCUUUCUGCCGCAUGGGUGUCUGGAUUCGGAGAUUGGAGGAGCUGUGCCCAUAGUCUUCUCCUUCUUCGCUGAGGUACUGGCUCGAGAAAAACGAGGGGAACACCUGAGCUGGUUGUGUAUGUUCUGGGAUGAUUGGAGGGAUCUAUGCUUCUGCCAUGGCCUGGGCUAUCAUCCCACACUACGACUCACCAUCCCAGUGUGUGUUUUUGUGUUUGUGUUGCUGCCUGAGGUGGGCUCAUCAAUCUCCGCGGUAUCGGAGUCAUUCACCUCGUCUCCUCUAGUCCAUUACAGCGAUAAUCCUCUCCCAAUAGUCGGCGGGGGGGGGGGGGGGGGGGGGGGGGGGGGGGGGGGGGGGGGGGGUGGUGGGUAUAUAGGGAGGGGGCUUGGGGCGGUGGGAACAGUGGUGGUGGGGGGGGGGUACAGUGUGGGUGGGGGGGGUAUGGGGUCGGAUACAGUGGGUUCAGUGGUAUAG